AUGGUGAUAGACACCCUCUUUGAUUCCACAAAUCUUUUGAGAUUGUACUUUUCUCCUCCAUCCAUCCUUGUGAUGGUCGUGGGUGGUGGAGGCAAUAGGUGCCAAAGGCAGACUUUCUUGGUUCAAGAAAGUGGUUCAUACCUAGCAUCCUUCCAAAAAGCGAACUUCUCACCACCAAACUUGGAAGGACUAGGUUCUAAAUUGAUGCUUCGACUUGAGAGGAAUCCAAGGGCUGAUAAUUCCAAGUUUCUACAUAAACUUAUGCAAGAGUCUAAAGAAGAGCCUACCAAAUUAGCUACAAAGCUUUAUGCGAUUUUGCAGCAUAUGAGAUCUAGUGGGAAAGAAGAUUCAAUGCCAUAUCAAGUUAUAUCAAGUUGGAUAGAAGAUGGAGUACAUGACACCAUAAGAAUGUACGGAUAUAUUGGGUUCGCUGGAGAUGAUGCUCCAAUGGCUGUUUUCCCGAGCAUUGUGGGGUGCUCUCGUCACACUGCUGUAAUGGUUGGCAUGUCCAUAAAGAUGCCUAUGUUGGUGAUGAGGCUCAAUCCAAGAGGGGUACUUUGA